AUGGAGUCUCUGCCCCACAACAUGGACCAGCACAGACCCUGGACUCCUGAGGAUGAGCAGACCAGAGAUGACCUGGUUCCUCUGGUUAUCCCUGUGUCAGUCCCAGUCCACAGACCCUCGGCUUCGGAGUCUAGAGAGGAUCCGGAUCUGGUCCCAAGUCUGGUCUCGGAUCUGGUCCCAGGCCUGGUCCCGGGUCUGGGCUGUGGCUGGACCCCGCAAGACCUAAACCGGCCAGACCAUAAACCAUCUGUGAUCGUCACCAGGAGAAGGUCCCUGAGGACCUCUGUGUCUGACAGUGCAGAGAACGGCGCUGACGUGUCUCUGGAGGACGACAGUAAGAAGCUCCGGCGGCGGCCGCGCCCCGAGCCGCUCUUCAUCCCUCCACCCAAACCCUCGGUCUUCAUCACUCCCUCGCUGUACUCCUCCAUCAGCUCGUACCAGUCCCACCUGCGCUCCCCCGUCCGGAUGGGAGACCUGCCACUGUGCCUCCCCCCCUACACGCCUCCCCCCAUCCUCAGCCCGGUGCGAGAGGGCAGCGGCCUCUACUUCUCCACCUUCCUGACCUCAGCCCUGCCCCCUGCAACGCCCAAGUCUGCCACCAGGAGUCUGCUCAGGACCAACAGCUGUGACAUCACUCCCCCCGUCCUCACGUCCAUCGGAGAGGCCACACCCGUCAGCCUCGAGCCUCGUAUAAACAUUGGGUGUCGGAUCAUGUCCAGGCUGAGUCUCUCUGACAUGAACGUGCUGUUGUUCCGCUGUGACGCUGAGGAGCAGGAGGAGGGAAGAGGCUGUUACUCUGUCCCCGGCUGGGAGACCCUCAAGUACGCUGGCCUGCAAGGUCUGGUGUCAGCGAUGGCCUCCAUCCGUCCCAACAAUGACCUGGGUCACCCUCUGUGUGCCAACCUGAGGCAGGGAGACUGGCUCCUGGACUUCAUCUGCAGCCGCCUGCAGCAGAGGGAGGGGCCCCUGGCACAGGUCACUGCUCUACACUCAGGGGCCCUCAACACUAACCCUAACCCUACACUCUGUAACGUGUGUACCAGUCCUCGGACCUCUGAGGACCGGGAGAGCAGAGCAAAGAUCCUGUGUUUGUUGGACUCUGUGAUCGACGCUCUGGUCUGGACCAUCUCCAAACGAGGUCUGUCCUCACAGCAGCAGAACCUCAGGUUGGGACGCCUCACCCUGCUGCUGUCCCACAUCCGCCACGCCAGGUACACACCUGCUGAGGUCCCGGACCUGCCGAGGUUGAGGGUUGGAUGUGAGGACCUCAGGUUGAGGGUUGGGUGUGAGGACCUCAGGUUGAGGGUAGGGUGUGAGGACCUCAGGUUGAGGGUAGGGUGUGAGGACCUCAGGUUGAGGGUUGGGUGUGAGGACCUCAGGUUGAGGGUAGGGUGUGAGGACCUCAGGUUGAGGGUUGGGUGUGAGGGCCUCGUGUUGAGGGUUGGGUGUGAGGACCUCAGGUUGAGGUUUGGGUGUGAGGACCUCAGGUUGAGGGUUGAGGGUUGGGUGGAGGACCUCAGGUUGAGGGUUGGGUGUGAGGACCUCAGGUUGAGGGUUGGGUGUGAGGACCUCAGGUUGAGGGUAGGGUGUGAGGACCUCAGGUUGAGGGUUGGGUGUGAGGGCCUCGUGUUGAAGGGCCUCGUGUUGAGGGGUUGGGUGUUGAGGUUUGGGUGUGAGGACCUCAGGUUGAGGGUUGGGUGUGAGGACCUCAGGUUGAGGGUUGGGUGUGAGGACCUCAGGUUGAGGGUUGGGUGUGAGGACCUCAGGUUGAGGGUUGGGUGUGAGGACCUCAGGUUGAGGGUUGGGUGUGAGGACUUCAGGUUGAGGUUUGGGUGUGAGGACCUCAGGUUGAGGGUUGAGGGUUGGGUGGAGGACCUCAGGUUGAGGUGGGUUGAGGACCUCAGGUUGAGGUGGGGUGAGGACCUCAGGUUGAGGGUAGGGUGUGAGGACCUCAGGUUGAGGGUUGGUGUGAGGGCCUCGGUUGAGGUUGGGUGUGAGGGCCUCGUGUUGAGGGUUGGGUGUGAGGACCUCAGGUUGAGGUUUGGGUGUGAGGACCUCGUGUUGAGGUUUGGGUGUGAGGACCUCAGGUUGAGGUUUGGGUGUGAGGACCUCAGGUUGAGGGUUGGGUGUGAGGACCUCAGGUUGAGGGUUGGGUGUGAGGACCUCAGGUUGAGGGUUGGGUGUGAGGACCUCAGGUUGAGGGUUGGGUGUGAGGACCUCAGGUUGAGGGUUGGGUGUGAGGACCUCAGGUUGAGGGUUGGGUGUGAGGACCUCAGGUUGAGGGUUGGGUGUGAGGACCUCAGUGACAAAGGUCUGGACCAUCUCUGCUCCAUGAAGAGGAAGAAUGUCGUGUUUGCUCACGACCUGCUGCUGGAGAUGCUCGAGCCGACCACAAGCCCCGCUCCCGAGGCAUUGAGCCAAUCACAGCCUGAAUCCUGCCCUCCAGGACACACCCCCAAGGUCUUCAGCCAAUCACAGCCUGAGUCAAGCCCUCCAGGACACACCCCCAAGGCCUUCAGCCAAUCACUGCCUGAAUCCUGUCCUCCAGGACACGCCCCCAAGGUCUUCAGCCAAUCACAACCUGAGUCCAUCCCUCCAGGACACAUCCACAAUCUCAAUAGGCACCUGCAAGCCCCGCCCACACACAGUGAACUGGCCAAUCACAGCCUGGCACUUGCUCACACAGAGAAUCACAGUUUUCAGUCAGAUUCAUGGACCAAGAACUGA